AUGUCCGAAGCCAAACAGAAGUUUGAAAGCAUCUUCCCUGCUCUUGUUGAUGAAUUGCUCGAGGUAGUUUCUGAGACCAAGAUUUCUCAAGAUGCUAUUGAUUGGAUCAAGCAAAAUCUCAUUUACAACACUCUUGGCGGUAAGGCUAACCGUGGUUUAUCAGUCAUUGAUACCUAUAAACUUUUGUCUGGUAAGAAAGAAUUGAGUGAUGCUGAGUAUAAACGUGCCGCUGUUCUUGGUUGGUGUGUUGAGCUGUUGCAAGCCUUUUUCUUGGUUGCCGACGACAUCAUGGAUGCCUCUAAGACCAGACGUGGUCAACCUUGUUGGUACCUUCAGGUAAGUUAA